AACUAGUGAUACGAUUCGGUGUUUCGUCAUACCAAGCUAUUAAAAGGUAUUCUUGCUGAACAUACUACUGACAACAUGGGACAAUUACUAGGGAACUGGAAAUUGGAGAAAAAUGAAAACUGGGAUGAGUUCAUGUCAGCCAUGGGUAUGAAUUUUGUUUUGAGAAAAGUGGCCAGCAAAUUAACAGUCUGUCAGGAAAUUAUACAAAAUGGCGACAACUGGGAAAUCAACAUGACAUCCACGUUUAAAAACAAAUCCAUUAAGUUUCAACUAGGAGUUCCAUUUGAUGACGAAACGAUGAAUGGAAGAAAAAUCAAGGCAACGUUUACUCUAAAAGAUGACGUUUUAAUUUUAAAUCAGAAAGGUAUUAAAGAAGGCGACUCGGAUAUGGUGGUUACAAGACAAGUUGAUGAAAAUGAUCAGUUGAUUGAGACUUUUAAAAUAGUACAGAAGAAUGUGGUAGCUGUAAAAACAUCGAAACGAUACACACCCUAA